AGCUCUCUCUCCUCCCAGGUCCGCUUGCAGCUGUCUGUCUGUUCCUCCUGCUCCCCAUCCUGCCUCUCACCAGCAGCCCUCAUAUUUGCCUGAUAUCUCUGACAUUGCUGUCUCUCUCUUGAAAGUGGUCGCUUUCUCGCUUCUGUGUCUGACCCUCAUCUCCCUCCCCUCUUUUCUUUCUGCUGUCUCUUUUACACACACACACAUCCAUACACUAUUAUCAGCUGUUUCUCCAUCCUGCAGCUGUCUCCAUCCUUCUCACUCCCUGACCCUCCUUACCACUGUCUUUUCUCCCACAUGAUGUCUCCUCUCCACCACACUAUCUCUCCAACUCUGUCAUGAGCUCCAAGAAAGUCGCAGGUAACAGCCAUGGCAAAAAAAGCAAGAAAAGGCAAAAAAGACAAAAGAAAGGUACCGAACGUGAACUGUCAGGGAUUCCUGAACCUCGCAGCCCUAGUAUAGACAGCCAGCCUGGUAGCCUUCCAGAUCCUGCCCUACAGGAUGUGCCUUUGUCUCCAAGACCCCCACCAACACCUCCCACCCCAGUUCUGCCACCUCCGGGGCCCCUGGGCUCCGACAAUGAGGAACAAGAGGAUCCCACAGACUACUGCAAAGGGGGCUAUUACCCAGUAAAAAUCGGAGACCUCUUCAAUGGCAGAUACCAUGUUGUACGGAAACUGGGAUGGGGUCACUUCUCCACAGUCUGGCUAUGCUGGGACCUCCAGAGGAAGCGUUUUGUAGCGCUGAAGGUUGUGAAAAGUGCAGUGCAUUAUACCGAAACGGCCAUCGAUGAGAUUAAACUGCUCAAAUGCGUGAGGGACAGUGACCCAAAUGACCCUAAACGGGAGAUGAUCGUACAGCUCAUUGAUGACUUUAAAAUAUCUGGUGUGAACGGUGUUCAUGUCUGUAUGGUACUGGAAGUGCUGGGUCAUCAGUUACUUAAGUGGAUUAUUAAAUCCAACUAUGAGGGUGUUCCUCUACCUUGUGUCAAGAGCAUCUUGCGUCAGGUGUUGCAGGGACUGGAUUAUCUGCACACCAAGUGUAAAAUCAUCCAUACGGACAUCAAGCCGGAGAACAUCCUGAUGUGUGUGGACGAGGGGUACAUCCGACGCCUGGCUGCUGAGGCCACAGUCUGGCAGCAGUCUGGUGGUCCUCCCCCAUCUGGGUCAGCAAUCAGCUCCGCUCCACCCUCACACUACAAUCUGAAUGGAAAGGUCUCUAAGAACAAGAAGAAGAAGCUGAAACGCCAACAGAAACGGCAGCAGAAACUCUUGGAGGAGCGGAUGAGGGACAUUCACAGCAUGGAGGAUUUGGGAGGGGAGGACCAGAGUCCUAAUAAUCCUACGCUACAAAACUGCCAUCUACGAAACCAGGAUCUGGACUACCAGAUGAACCAUGAUUCAACUGGGAAGAUAGAUGGCACUUCUCAGUUUGUGACUCAAGUAGUUCCUUCCACUACAGGCGACUUGGAAGGUGCAGACUCAUCUCUUGGAAGUGGCGGGACCACCUGCCUUGCCCAGAGCCCACAAUCAUCAGACAUGUACGAGAGCUGCAAUGGAUAUGGUGGUGGCCCUCGAUGUGCCAGUCCUGACACUCAUACCUCAGGCUUUUCCAGCUCUGCCUUUUCUGCAACCUCUGGCUCAGCCUUAUCUGGGUAUUCCACAGGCCGAGAAAGAGGAGGGCUUCUUUCUCCAAACUUGUCUUUUAAAGCUGCAGAAUUCCUUAUCAACCCCUUGGAUCCCCAAAAUGCAGACAAAAUUGAAGUCAAGAUUGCAGAUUUGGGGAAUGCCUGCUGGGUGCACAAACAUUUCACUGAAGACAUUCAGACUCGACAGUAUCGGGCCUUGGAGGUUCUCAUAGGAGCUGGUUAUGGACCGCCUGCGGAUAUAUGGAGCACUGCUUGUAUGGCCUUCGAGCUGGCAACAGGAGAUUAUCUGUUUGAGCCUCACUCAGGGGAAGAUUAUACUCGUGAUGAAGAUCACAUUGCACACAUCAUUGAGCUUCUGGGGGACAUCCCUCCGCACUUUGCACUGUCAGGACGAUACUCCAGAGAGUAUUUCACAAGAAGAGGUGACCUCCGACACAUACAGAACCUAAAGCACUGGGGACUCUUUGAAGUUUUGGUGGAGAAGUACGAAUGGUCACUGGAAGAAGCGACACAAUUUUCAGACUUUUUAAUGCCCAUGUUGGAAUUUCUUCCAGAAAAGAGGGCCACAGCCGCUCAGUGCCUCCAGCACCCUUGGCUAAACUCCUAAUCUUUGCUGUGAAUUUAUAUGCCAGGGGAGUGCUGGCACAAGUGGUCAUUCUCUAAAUGAUGAGAAGGAACAUCUUCUUGGAUUGUGACUCCAAAUGACCAAGAAAGGUCAUACUAACAUUCUGGAUCGUUAAGCUCUUGCAAUAGUGAAUCUGUCACCUUUUAAGCGAUAAGGACUUUGUUUCGAGUGGUCUAAACAUGAUGGCUACUAUAAACAUGCUGAUGUAUGAAAGGGAGUUGUAUUAUUAAGUCUUCCACUUCUCAAACUGGAGCAAAAAACAGCCUUAGGUGUCUUAACCACUCAAUUAAAAAAGGUACCCAGAGCAGAUUUAUUUAUUGUUUUUUACCCCAGUUUUUAAUGUUGCUAGACUACUAAAAGGACAAAAAAUGUAGCUUUUUAUAUAAAGAGAGUAUGCAAGCCAAAGAGACAUGGGCUAUAAACAUGCACAAAUAGAAAGUGGACGGAGGACGAAAUGCUUUGCGCUUGACAGCAUCGGGUGUAUGAAAAGCAGUGUCUAUUUCUGCCUUAUGCCAGAGGUCAGUGGUUUGGCAACACAAGGUACAGUGAAUCAUCAUCGGCCGGAAUGUGAUUGCACAUGAAGUAACGUUAUACUACAGGAGUGAGCUAUAGAUACCUACAAGGGUUCGGCAGAUCCAUAAGGGACACACAUGUAGAGUUUCAAUGGUUAUUGGUUACGUUAAAGACUCACAGAAAGAAAUAGAUUUGAAAUGUUUAACUGGGUCUACGAUGGAAUGUUUCGCUGCUAAUGUCGGAAGAGCCGCUGCAUUGUAUGAGCAGGUCCCCAAAAGCAGAGCAGUGGGGGGGGGGGAAACGUUGUAUAUGUCGGAAAGGUACAACUAGAAAUCAAUACAUAUAUUUACACUCAGAAUUACGGAAAACGCACACUUUGCAGAUGAACUGCAUUUUGAAAAAGUACAAUAUUUUGUAAAGAUUUCGGAUUAUCAUAGCUGCUCAGAAUGACUUUUUUCCUCCUUACACCCAUAUCUGUAAUUACUGAUUACAGCAUGUCCCUGCAAUCCCCUUUUGUGUAUUCCCUCAUAGGCAUGCGCGCACGGUCAGCAUAUACCCAUUCCAUUCCCUCUGCCCCAAGUGUCUGAUGAAGACUGAUGCAGCUUCUAUCGCAUCCCAAACCAAUCCAAUCCACCUUUUGAAUUUGUGAUCUCAUGUUCAUAUACACAGUCCAUGUGUACCUUCCCACUGCAUGUACGCUUAGAUCAUGGCCUGCCUCUGUCAAACCUUAACCGCCGCUCAUAACACUAAUUCACACAACCAUUAAACCCUCUCCUCCUCCAACUGUGGGGCAGUUCUGUUUACAUACAGUUUCUGUACUUAGAUGGUUAUUUGGAAGAGAAGCAGCUUUCCCCUCCAGGGUGGUUGUAUUGUGUUUGUGAGUCUGUGUGGCGCAGGAAUGUGUUUAUAAAACAGAGAUCUGGGUUUGAAUUGUUUGGAAUGUGUGUAUAUUGUGAUUAAAUUAAUAUUAACAGUU